UCUCUUAAAAGCUUCAAAUUACAAUUUUGUUAACUCGCCCAGCUCGCCGGAAACUCGCCGAAGCUCGCCGGAAAACAGGGCAUCUCCAGCUCGCCGGAAAACAGGAUAUUUCCAGCUCGACGUAAAACAGGGUAUGUCCAGUUGCGUUAAUAGAGGUAACCUAUAUUUCUGAAGUUCAGAAAUGAAAAUUUCAAAUUGCACUGUUCAAGUUUAUAGGUAUUGAGUUAUUCUUCACAUGUCGACUCAAAAGUUUUACCAACCGAUAAAACAACGUUUUCCCAAUAGACCCAUUAAAGAAAUUGCCAAAUUAAUCUCCCUCUUUCCCCCUUCUCCUUCUUCUUGCUCAAAUUUCUUCAAAUUCAAGAAAAGUCCCAAUCUUGAAACCCAUUUAGCCGUGGUUGUAGACUUGUUAAAAUCCAAGGAGUUUGCUGAAGCAGAGAAUAUAUUGAAUGCUGUUGUUGUUACUGAUGGUAUGAGGAAACCAGUUUCAAAAAUAGCUUCUUUGUUGAGUGAGAAUCAUGUAAAGUGUAAUGUUAGAGGGAAGAUGUUUAAUAUGCUAUUUAGUGUUUAUGUUAAUAACACGAGGUUUAAUGAAGCUCUACAAGUUUUUGAUUAUAUGAAAAAAGGGCGCUUUAGAAUUGAUGAUAGAGCUUGUAUGGUUUACUUGCUUGCUAUGAAAAGGCAAAGGCAAUAUGAUUCGUUGUUCGAGUUUUUCCAUAAGAUGGUUGAGUUUAAUGUGAAAAUUACAGUUUAUUCGAUGACGGUGGUAGUUGAUGGAUUGUGUAAAAUGGGGAAGGUUUGUGAGGCUAGAAAGCUCAUGGAUGAAAUGGCUAGUAAAAGGGUGAAACCAAGUGAUUACACUUAUAACAUAUUGUUACAAGCAUAUAUGAAGAUACUAGAUUUUGUGGCUGUAAAGGAGAUUUUGAGGAAAAUGGAGAAGGAUGGUUUUGAUCUCAAUCUGACUAGUUAUACACUUCUGAUUAAAGGAUAUUCAACUUUUGGCGAUCUUGUAGAGGUUGAGAGGUUGUUUAAGGAAAUAGAAAAGAAGGGUAUAGAGCCAAAUGUUCAUUUAUGCACCUCCAUGAUUAGUGGUUAUAGUAAGUUAGGUAAUGUUAUGAAGGCAUUUUCAACGUUUGUUGAAAUGGUGGAGAGAGGCCUCAUUCCUGAUGGUCACACAUAUGGAGCUUUGAUAAAUGUCUUCUGCAAGGCUGGACUAAUGCAAGGAGCUGAAGUUUUGCUAAAUGAGAUGCAAGGCAAGGGCAUUAGCAUAGACCGGGUCAUAUUUAAUACGAUGAUGGAUGGUUACUGUAAGAAAGGUAAUGUGGAUGAAGCACUGAGGCUACAGACAAUUAUGGAGGGUGAAGGACAUCAGCCUGAUGCAAAUGCUUACAAUAUAAUUGCUACGGGCCUGCGUAAGCUAGAAUUGUAUGAUGAAGCAAAAAUGUUGUUGCUCUCAAUGGUGGAUCGAGGUGUAGCUCCAGAUACAAUUAGUUAUACAACUUUGAUCGAUAUUUAUUGCAAGCAGGGAAAUUUUGUGGAAGCAAAAAGGGCACUUAUUGAGAUGGAAACUAAGGAAAUUAAGCCUAACACAACAACAUACACUACACUGGUAGAUGGUUAUUGCAAGCUGGGAAAAAUUGUUGACGCAAAAAGGAUACUUAGGGUGAUGGAAACUGAAGGAGUUAAGCCUAACACAACAACAAACAGUGUUUGUGCCAUGAUAGACGGUUAUUGCAAGUAGGGAAAUUUCAUUGAAGCAAAAACGGUAUUUAGUGAGAUUGGAACUAAGGGAGUUAAGCCUAACACAGUAACGUACACUGCCCUGAUACAUGGUUAUUGCAUGGUGCGAAAUCUUGCUAAAGCUGAAAAGGUACUUAUUGAGAUGGAACCUAAAGGAGUUAAGCUUAACAUGGUAACGUAUCCUGCCCUGAUAGAUGGUUGUUGCAAGGUGGGAAAUAUUGCUAAAGCAAUAAAAAUACUUAUUGAGAUGGAAAAUAAAGGAUUUAAGCCUAAUGCAAUUACUUGCAAUGCCCUGAAGAU